UAUUGCUUUAAGAUAACUGGAUAAAACAGCACCAGACACUACAGAACAAUGCAUACCAAUAGGCUUUAUAUAGAGACUAGCCUUCAGCUCCUACCGCGAGGAAGACAAAGAACACUGAACAGAGGUCUUGCUUCAGAGUGACUCGUGGAUUUCCUGAAGAAGCGGGUACAGAGUCACUGGGGUUGGGCAAAUAUUUACAUAAAUCUUGCCACCAAAAUUCCCCAGAUAUUUCCUGCACAAGCUUAGUAAAUAUAACAUCAUCCUUUAUGAUAUCUUGGAGGGGGCUAUAAAAAGAGAAAGGAUCAAAACUCAUCAUCUUUUCAUGCACAUCACUGGCCCCCGGAGAGAUCUUAAUAAAUUCCAAUUCAAUAUACCGAGAUCACUGGUUAAAAGUUAGCUCAUUGAAAGAUGACAUUCUACAAUGACAUUUAUCCAUUUUACCCUCAACAAAGGACGCCCUUCAUCUUCAACCUCAGCCAGCUCAUAGUCAUUCUGGUGUUUUUAGUCCUUGCUUGCAGUUUCCUUGUUAUACUACCUGGAAUCCGAGGGAAAGGGAGGCUGUUUUGGAUGUUCAGAAUUGUCCUCAGUCUUUUCAUUGGUGUAGUCACUGUUGCUGUCAAUUUUACAAGUGACUGGGCGACUGGCUAUAUUAAAACAAACACAACUUACAAGUCAUUCAGCAAUGCCACGGUUAGUGCUGAGAUCGGACUACAUGUGGGGUUUGAUGGGAUCAAUGUAACACUUAAAGGCAAUCCAGUGAGGCAACUAAAUGAAACUAUAAACUACAAUGAAAUGUUCCAGUGGACAGAGGACUAUAAGGAGGACUAUGUUAAAGCUCUAGAGAGAGGUCUUCCCAACCCAAUCCUGUACAUUGCAGAGAAGUUCACUCAAGACAGCCCCUGUGGUCUAUUAUUCCAAUACAAGUACUCGGGACAGUACGCAUCAGCUACCAUGUGGACUGCAUUCUGCUGUUGGCUCAUCUCCAACGUUCUCUUCUCCAUGCCAGUUAUUUUGUAUGGGGGCUAUAUGAUAGUGACAACAGGAGCAUUCAUCAUCUUUUCAUUGAUUUCCUUUGCCACGAUCCACAAUGUACCGUAUUGCACUAUCAGUUUGGGCACCGUGUCGCUGGAGACUGUCUUUGGCGGAUCUUUCUGGCUGUCACUAGUAACAGGGAUUCUGUGCAUUCUCAUUGGAGGAGCCGUGAUUCUGAUGGACUUCUUCAUUCCGCAGAAGUUAAAGAUUUUAUUCACAGCGAAUGAAGGGGACGAGGAUGAUGACACCCACAUCACUGAAUGCUACCUUAAUGAAAGCUUUCUGGAAAAGGAUAACGUGUUACCAUUGGGAGAUGUAAGAGUGUCUGUACCACUUUAGCUAUGGAAGAUUUCAUUCAAAGCAUGCAGCUUGACUUAAAGAAGAGCCCAACCUGAAUACAUUUCUUAAUUACACAAGAUGACUUUAGUAAUGCGUCUUGUUUUGUUAAAAUGCUGGGAAAACUGUUCUAUGAAGCUCCACAUUUAAGUCUCAUCAGAAGAAAAAGAACGCCAUUCAGUCUGCAGGGCUAAAGGAAUGGACUCCUGCAUUAUUGUGGACUGCCUCGGCAUUCAAUAACAGGAGGCCACGCCAACGUUACACUUGUGGCUCUGUGGCCAGCAGGAGGCGCUCUGCUGUACUGCUACUGUAUAUGUGUGUAAAAGAAAAGAGUAUAAAAAUAAAUAACUUUAUUAAGAACAAUAGGGCUGUAUUUAAAAUACAGGUCAUUUUUAUUUAGUUAUAUUUUAAAUGAUAAAUAAUUAAUAAAAUUGUUCAGGCAAUUCAGUUAUAUAUGUUGUUGUUGUUGUUGUUGUUAUCCACAAGUCCUGUGUAGACACAAAGUGAUCAUGAAGAACAGGCAAAGGCAAUACAAACUGCUUCAGAAUGUCACUGCAUACAGAGGGGCCUCUUGCAUGAUAGCACAAUGAACUGUUAAAACAGACACCCAUUACCACAGAGAUUAAGAAUAUGUAUGUAUGGGCUUCCCAAAGAAUACUGUUUCAGUAGCAAAAUACAUAUUGGGGUAUGAAAUGUAUUAACUGCUUUGCGGUGCAGAGAGAUUACUGAGAAACUCUGCAAAGUAAACAUUUGAUUUUGUUGUUGUUUUAUGAAUAAUGUUCUAUGAUGGAUUUCGUUCCCAGUGUAAUACUUGUAAAACAAUAUAGUGAGGCAUCUGGAAUAAAAAACAAAAAUCUGCCAAA